UAAUCGCUGUUUUCUGUUAUCAUUUUAAGAAAAUAAAUUUUAAUCAAACUCGUUGACUUCAACUGCCGAGUUCAUCACAUUUAAAUGUGUUACAAGUGUCAAAUUUGCAUUAACUUAGUUCAGAAAUCUUUAUAGAAAUGCAACGCCGUAGAGCAGAAAAAAUUUUAACUAUGCUUCCCCCUGGUAAGGAUAGUAGUGAAAGUUCUGAUGAUGAUUCAGUUGAAUCAUAUCAUUCAAUUGGAGAAAUAUUAUGUGAAUCACCAUUACCUAUUGAGGCAAUAGAGAAUGAUGUAGAUGAACUUCUCAGAGAUAUUGAGUUAAAUCCAAUUGAUGAGUUUUUAGAAGAUUUUGAAGAUUUACAAUCUAUUACAAGUGAUAAUGCUGUUGCUGAUAUAAUAGAAGUUAUCAUUACUUUUUAUUAUUUAUUUUAUUUUUAUUGUUAAUUAGGCAAAAAGAAAUUGCUAUAAAAAUAUGUUAUUUUAUCUAUACAAUAUACAUGUAUAACUUUGUUUUUAAUUUGUUGAUUAUUAUUUUUUUAUUAUUUAAAGAUUGAGACUUAAUUUUGUUGAUUAUUUAUAACUGAAUAAUAUCAGCUGUUAUUUUUACAUUUUAUAAGAUUUUUAUUUUAAAUUUAGCAAAAAGAAAUUGCUGUAAAAAUGUGUUAUAUUUUAUAUUUGUAAUAUUUUAUCUUCAUAUUGAUAAUAUUAGUUUUGAUUUUUUAAAUAUUUCUAUGUUAGUAUUAAUAAAAAACUAAUGUGAUAAUUAAAUAAAUGUGAUACUGUUCUGUGACAACAUAAGUCUGUAUUGUUAUGUUAAAAGUUUAAGUUUUAAGUUCCUGAAAUGUUAAAUAAUAAAAGUUACUUUUAUGUUAAAAUUACAUAAUUUUAUACUUGUUUUUUU